GGGAAAUUCUCUACAUCACGAAAGUUAGCAGACUCCAUAUGGGCAUCUACCUCUGCAUAGCUUCAAAUGGUGUACCUCCUUCAAUAAGCAAAAGGAUAUCUCUCAAGUACAGUUUCCACCAAUGUUAUCGAUUCCGAAUCAACUGGAAGGAGCGUUCGUUGGACAAGACGUCACGCUGGAAUGCAGAACUGAAGCGUUUCCAACUUCGAUCAACUAUUGGACUACAGAGAGAGGAGAUAUGAUCAUCUCAGGUGACAAGUACGAGUCUGUAGCUAUGGACAAUGGCUACAAAAAGUACAUGAUGCUCAAAAUCCGAAAAGUCGACAAAUCCGAUUUCGGAUCUUACAGAUGUGUCGCCAAGAAUUCUCUAGGCGAAACGGACGGUGUUAUCAAAUUGGAAGAAAUUCCCGCACCAACAACACAGCGAACAACAAAACCUCCCGAUGUUUCAGACCACAGAAACGAUAAAGCUACUAGUAGAAGUGGAUCAAAGCUUCCAGAGUAUGAUUACGACAGUAUAGGGGGCGAAUACACCCUGCCCUCCAACGGCCCCCCUCCUAUUCGCGAGCCACCAGGAGCUUUCAGCGGAAGCAGCAGAUCGAUUGGGAAUUUCUUUCUCUACGCAAUCGUGUACUUCACUACUUCCCUCAGCAUCUGGAGGUGAUGUUAGAUAGAAGCAAGGACGGUGUGAAAACGAGUGAAAAGAAAUCCAAAGGUUUGGGUCCUGCCCAUAUCAAGGUGAAGAAAAACAGACUGACGAACAAUAUCAUUAUACAUACUGUAAAUAUGAAAGUGUAUCAUAAAACUAGUACAAAAUGUGUAUACAAUAACGCUGAGCAUUGAAAUAUGUAUGUUAGACCCGCUGAAACUGCCAAAGCAUAUCUUGAAUGACAUAAACUUAAGUGAUAUUAACGAAUCAUUGAUAGAGGCUGACGUGUUGAUUAAAUAAAC